AUGAGUCAAGAAGCUUAAUUAAAUUCAAAUAAGAAGAUUAAUCUGAUGUUGAAUCAGAAAUAGUUCCAAUAAUAAUUCCUAAAUUUUCGCUGGAAAGGACAUAAGAAAAACAAGACGAUACUUACAAAGGAAUAGUUCCAUCUCCCAAAAGUGAUCUAGGAUUGGAGGUUGAACAAUUGUGGAAUAAAGCAUUUCUAUAUUUUUCAUGUGAAUUGGUUAAAAUAUUAUAACUACAUAUCUGAAGGAUGGAACAAUCUUUUGUGGAGAAAUCAAUGCAUGGCAAUAGAUCCUUAAGCAGAGAAGGGUUCUUUUUAAAUGAGGGGGAGUGGAAAUAAGGGAAGAAGAGUGAAAAUUGAGUUAGAUACUACACAAAUAGAACUUAUGAUAAAUUAUACCAAAACGCUAGAUAUCAGAAAAUUAUAUUGGAAGGCCUAUAAUGGCAAAUUUAAAAAUUAUAAAAUUCAUGGAAAAGGUAUAUUUGAAUUAAUAAACGAGUCAUGUGUGUGUGAAGAAUUUACAGGUAGACUGUUGCAUGGAUAAUAGAUAUAUGAAUGCAUGAUAAGUAAAUAAUAAAAGGCAUUCGGAAUCAAAGAUAAUCCUUUAAAUUGCGCUUAAAUUAAUAUUAAUAGUCUCUAUAAUUUUUCAACAUCAAACUAUGUUUCUGUCCUUAAAAAUGAAUAUUUCAACUGA